GCAGCCGCCGUGGGGGUCAUGCUGGUCCUGGUGCUGGUGGUGCUCAUCCCCGUGCUGGUCAGCUCCGUGGGCGCGGAUGGCAGCCACUACGAGAUGCUGGGCACAUGCCGCAUGGUGUGUGACCCCUACCUGAGCAAGGGCACAGCGGCGGGCACCGCAGCGGGCACCGCCAGCACGAGCUCCUCUGCGCAGGCCGAGGCCGAGGUGCUGGCCGACCGUGGUGACGUGCCCCCACCCUCCACGCUCGUCCAGGGGCCGCAAGGGAAGCCAGGACGACCGGGUAAACCCGGACCUCCAGGCCCGCCGGGCGAGCCGGGUCCUCCGGGUCCGAUGGGGCCCCCGGGAGACCGAGGGGACCGGGGCCGUGGUGGCAGCCCUGGGCUGGGUGGCAACGGAGCCGUGAGCACUGUCACAUACAAUACGCAUCCACGUGUGGCCUUCUACGCUGGCUUGAAGAACCCACACGAGGGCUACGAGAUCCUCAAGUUUGACGACGUGGUGACAAACCUGGGCAACAAUUACGAUGGCACCUCGGGCAAGUUCGUGUGCAGCGUGCCGGGCACCUACUUCUUCAUCUACCAUGUCCUGAUGAGGGGUGGCGAUGGUACCAGCAUGUGGGCAGACCUGUGCAAGAAUGGACAGGUAAGAGCAAGUGCCAUAGCCCAGGAUGCUGAUCAGAACUACGACUAUGCCUCCAACAGUGUGAUUCUGCACCUGGACGCUGGAGACGAGGUCUACAUCAAACUGGACGGGGGCAAGGCCCACGGGGGCAACAACAACAAAUACAGCACCUUCUCUGGCUUCAUCCUCUAUGCCGACUGAACCGCAGAGUACCAGGGAGAGAGGGGAGAGUACAGCGACCAUGGCACACCUGACAAACAGUCUCUCAGUGGACAGAGGUGGUUUUGCCCUCUGUGAAUCACAUUAUUGACAAAAAGGAAGGAAAAUGUUCUUAUUUUUUGUUCUGAGACUGAUGGAGGGAUAUUGGCAGAGAACCUUUGUCUCCUUGUGUGCUUGUCCCUAGCGUAUCUCACUUGCCAUCUACAAAUAUGAAAAAAAAAAAAAAAUAUAUAUAUAUAUAUUUGAAGCCUUGCAUUAUUGACAAAGAGAUCAUUUGAGAUUGAGUUUAGCCUAGAAAUACUAUAUUUCAGAUAACUGAAAAAUGCUUGUGCCCAUGAAAAUUUGUGCCAUCUUUUGCUCUUUUUCUUUUUGUUCUUUAUUUCCUAUUGGUGAGGAAGAGCAGCUCCUCCUGCUUUAUGGACACGCUCACUGCAUUGCUCUUCUGCUGGGUGUUGUGGGCUGCGUGUAUGAGAGUAGCAGCUGUGAGUCGUGGGAGGACGUUGCCCAUGAAGGGCAUUUGAGAACACAGAGGACGCUGUCAUGCCUUGACUGGUGCCAUCCUUCUACUCUCCCUCUUUUCCUCUCCUCUCUUUCCCUCCUCUCUCCUCUUUCUCUCUCCCCUCUCCUCUCUCUCUUUCCUCACCUGUCUGUUAGCGCUCUGCCCACUUCUCCUCUCCUUUCUGCUCCCUCCUACCCUCCUACCCUAUUCCUACCAUCCUUGCAUAAACGCCGUAUGGAUUGAUGACUUCAUUGGCCACAGGCCUGAAGCCGCAGAGCAUGUUGUGUGCUUUUUAAGAAAGAAGUUUAACAGGCAGCGUGCUGUGGCACAAGGACGUCAUGUUGUACAACCUGCAGUGGCACUGCAGGGAAAGCUCAUGGAGUUGCUACUGGUGACCAUCAACUUAUCAACUCUGCAGUCAGAAUUUUUAAAAUACCUCUCCGGCCAAUGCUUCUGGCUGACCACUUGAUGAUACAACCAUAGACCCAUCUGGACUGGUCAGCUACUAUUUGAUAGGCCUUGACAGCAUUUUGUGUGUAUACAAAAUACAAGCACUGUGCCCUAUAAUGGCUUUGUUUUUUGCCCAGAUGUCCUGACUAUUGUGUGUGUUGUGGGGAUGGAGCUUGGACUGAAGACAGGGCUUGUUGUGAUAUCAUUUAUAUCUGUUCACAGCUAAAGUAAGUUACAGCCUCUUCCUAACCCCAAAGUACAUGGCAAACAGGGCCAGAGAGAUUAUGUGAGAGGGAGGGGGAGGGUAAUAGAGGUAGUCAUGCUGUUCCUGUGUUGUCCCCAUUGGUCACCUAUACAUGCUAACUAACAACUACAGCAAUGUGAAGAGAGGAAACUGAUGUGAUAUGACAGGGUGACAGUAUGGGGGCGAAUUAAGUUUAUAUGUUCAAAAUGUGUGUGUGUGCAUGUGCAAGUGUGUAGGAGGUGUGUGUGUGUGUGUGUGUGUGUGUGUGUGUGUGUUUGUGUGUGUGUGUGUGUGUGUGUGUGUGUGUGUGUGUGUGUGCUUGUGCGUGUGCGUGUCCGACAAACACUAAUGCAUGUACUGUAUUUUGUCCUAGUCACAGAAUUGUUUCUAGAAUAUAUACUGCCAUCCAAGUCCCAGAUGUUCCAAUCAGCCAGUGAAAUGGAUAAACAUGCUCCUGCAGAGAAGACCUGAAAACAGUGAAGUUGGAAAAUGAAAUGAAAUCUUAUGUUUGUCCGUCUUAAUUUAUCUUUUGAAAUGUUAAAUUAAUUUAAUUAAUAAAUAAGACUGCUGAAGUCAA